UGCCCCGGCGGUGCCGCUCCCGUUCCGCCGCUAUCCCACCGUGCCCCGCACUCCCGUCCCUUCACACCGCCACUAUCCCAGUGCCCCGCGCUCCUCCAUCCCCUCACACCACCGCUAUCCCACAGUGCCCCGUGUUCCCCUUCCUGUUCCGCCACUAUCCCACAGUGCCCCGCGCUCCUCCAUCCCCUCACACCGCCACUAUCCCACAGUGCCCCGUGUUCCCCCUCCCGUUCCGCCGCCAUCCCACAGUGCCCCGCGCUCCCAUCCCCUCACGGUGCCGCUCUCGUUCCGCCGCUGUCCCACAGCGCCCAGCGGCCCCGCGCAGCCAUGGCGUACCGCGGGCAGGGCCAGAAGGUGCAGAAGGUGAUGGUGCAGCCCAUCAACCUGAUCUUCCGCUACCUGCAAAACAGAUCCAGGAUCCAGGUGUGGCUCUAUGAGCAGGUGAACAUGAGGAUCGAGGGCUGCAUCAUCGGCUUUGAUGAGUACAUGAACCUGGUGCUGGACGAUGCUGAGGAAAUUCACUCCAAAACCAAAUCCAGGAAGCAGCUGGGUCGGAUCAUGCUGAAGGGGGACAACAUCACCCUCCUGCAGAGCGUCUCCAGCUAGGAGCAGGCAGCUCCAGCUGGGAAUGGCACUGGGAACUCUGCAAAAACGGGAUGAGCCACGGGGGGAACCCCUCAGCUCCGCUGGGAAUCGUGUUUUGUAGUUUGGGAUUUUCUUUGGGGAAUAAAACGGGUUUUUUUAACAAAA